UCCGGCUUUUCACUUUUUUGAGUUUCCGCUACUCAGUUCCUGGCGGUGCUGCUGCUCGCUGGGCCUGGCAAUGGCGCCUGGGUUCUGGACGCUGGCUGUCCUGAUGGUUCUGGCCAAGGUGGAAUCUCCACCACUCCAGUCCAGUUGUGAUAAUGGAGAAUAUUACUAUUCUGGGAUUUGUUGCAAAAAGUGUCCUGCUGGUACCCAUGUUGAUGAACACUGCAGUGCGGCACAUACUUUGGGGCACUGUGUAGCCUGCACAGCAGGAGAAGAUUAUACUGCUUAUGAAAAUGGUCUUGAUAAGUGCCUGCUUUGUGCUCAAUGCAAAUCUGGCACAACAAUGGUGAAAGAUUGCACUGUAAAGAGCAAUACUGAGUGUCGGUGUAAUGAUGGAUAUUACUGCCCCCCAUACUGUGAGGAAUGUCUUAGAUGCAAGACAAAAUGUCCAGAAGGGCAGGUAGUUGUGCAAAACUGCAAUGCCACUGUUGACAUGGAGUGUGGCCUCCCUACUACAGGAACUUCACACCUUGAUGGCCUGCAAAUAUUGUACAUUUUCCUGUCUCUGUUAAUCAGUGUUGUGAUCUGUAGUUUAAUACUUUACAAGAAAUGCUGUGUUCCUCGCAGGAAGGAAGAAAAAGGUGUUGAGAAUCAUUUGAGUUCCGAUAGCACUGAUGACUUGUUGCCAAGCCGGAAAAACUCAAACACAAAUCCACUCCUUACUGAGAGCCAGGAAGUACAACCAUCUCUUUCUGAUCCUGUUUCUGUAUCAAGUUGUUCUGGCCUGCCUGAGAGCUUCAGCGUACCUUUGAGCAGUACAGAGGACACAUCUAGCUCUGGAACUGCUCCUCUGCUACGUUUGACAGACAAGCCUGUCACUCACAACACACAGUCAAAUUUAAAGGUACUGCCAUCUAUCACUGAAUGUUCUGCAGCAGUUAAGCCUUCUCAUGAUGAGCUGAGCGAAAUCUGUGGAGAGCUACCAAGUAAGAUGCGGGUUCCUGACUGGAUGACGCUUAUGAGGAAUACUGGUUUAUCAGAUAAUGAUAGAGACAUAAUAAAGUAUGAUUAUCCUUUUGAUACCCGAGAACAAAUGCAUCGUAUGUUAACAAAAUUAUGUGAAAGGUUUGGAACAGAGGAUGCUUUAUGUAAAUUAUUAAAUGGACUGCAGCAAAUGAAUCUUACCCAUAUUUAUGAAAAUUUACUGAAUGAAUUAUUGAGCAAGAAUAUAAGAAUUGUAGAGGAUGAAGGCAAAUGUAUCUAUUUGGUUAAAAAUGCAGAACAAAAUGUGUAAACUACAAUUUGUACAGUUAAAUGUCAUUUUAUCCAAAUGUGACUUAUCACAUUUCAAUGUAUCAGGGUUUGAAUUUUUGCAUCAAGAAGGGGAUUCAAAGUAACAUGGGAAACCAAUUCAUUUGUUAGAGGUUGGUGUGAUAUACACAUGCUAUGUGUACCUUGGCAAUAUUUGUUUUACUUGAACAUCUGGGAAAUUACUGUACUUGAAAGACACAGGAAUGAGUUUUAAAAUUUUUGCCAUCCAAAUUUUUGCCAUCCAUAAAAUUUUUGCCAUUGAGAGGUUUAAAAAUGAAUGUAUACAGCCAUAUGAUGUUGGGUUUUUUUACAUUGUCAAGUUGGUAGAUGUUCAGAAUGAAGGACGAAGUAUACUUUGAGAAAAAAUGUGCUUUUUCUAUUAGAAUAAUGUCCUUUAUAGAAUGUAUCAACAAAUUCUUAGGGUAAAAUUUCAAUGAAAUAACUUGAUUUUUUACAUGAAUUAUUGAACACAUUUGUAUGCAACUUCUAGGAUGCUGAAAUAUUUUUUCAUCUGGAACAUUAACUCUGUAUAUAGGAUCCUGCAUGAAUCGCCAGUUUUAUGUUCCUCUGGUGAAAUGAAUGAUGGGAAACAAUAGAAACAGAGCAGCACUGCUGGCCCUGUGGUGGCACAAGAGGAAGCUAGAUGGGCCGUUUGUUUUAUUUUGCUGUAACUAAUGCCUUUUUUGUUCAUUUAUGUUUUGUAUCUAUUUUAUAAUAAAGGCAUUUCACUUCUUAA